CGUCUUUGUUGCCUUACCUCCAGAGGUUUCCUCACUUAGACGGAGCAAACGUACCCUUCUUCAUCGGAGCUGCGACGCCGACUGCUCCCCAGUUGGAAAAUCACCAUCAGUUGACACCCACGUUGUUCGAUGGCAGCUGGCAACUCUGCUACGCCGACGGUAGCCAUCACUCAGAUCAGAAGGGUAAAGGAAAGAACUGAUGAUCGAGUUCUCAGAAAGCACAUUUCUUCCAGCCCAUUUCCAGGUAUUUCAAAAAGCCCCCCGAUGAUUUCCUAUUUCACAUUUUAAUUAAAGUUCGUUGCCUAUGUUCCUGUUCAUGUUCCUGUCUGGUUUAUUUCUUCGUUCAUCCACACGGUUUCCUUAUUACUGGAUUUCUCGACAUUUUGGAUCCAUGUGUUGCUGUGCUGUGCUGUGUUGUGUCUGAUCUUGUUUUGAUGGUCACAAGAACAUGAAUUAUUGGACAUACAUUUGUAGGUCUCAUAUAUUUUAUUGGUUGCGUUUUUGUCAA